AUGAAGCUCUUAACGAUUCUUCUCGCUUCGGUAACAUUGUGUGCUGGAAGCGCCAUUCCUUUGGUGCCAGGAGACAACAGCCACUAUGUCGAAGGAGUGAGCCGUUACAUCUGGAUGCCAAAUGGCGAAGGUGUUCCUCAGCUAGUAGAUCUUCAGGCCCCAGCGAAUGAAGUAGAGCUAUUGAACACGAGAAAUGGAGCCAACAACCAGUAUUGGCUCUUUACCAGAAAUAACCCAACCAGUCGUCAGAUCUUGGUGAAUGGAAACAUUAAUUCCGUCCGUAACUCGAACUACCGAGCUAACAGACCCACCAAAGUUAUUGUCCACGGAUGGAACAACAAUGGCAACAGUGAAAUGAACCCGUUGAUCACGUCCGCUUUCCUCGCGGUUCAAGACGUAAAUGUGAUCGUUGUGGACUGGAACCGUCUCGCUAACGGCUUAUAUACAACAGCAGUCCGCGGUGUGCCCGAUGUUGGUCGUCAUCUUGGAAAUUUCAUAGCAUGGCUCUUCAAUAACGCUGGUGGCAACUGGAAUCAACUACACUUGGUAGGCUUCAGUUUGGGCGCCCAUAUUGUUGGCAAUGCUGGUCGCACUAUCGGAGGUCGCGCUGCCCGUGUCACAGGCUUAGAUCCAGCUGGCCCACAAUGGGGUGGUAACUCCAAUGCACUUAAUCGUAAUUCUGGUGUAUACGUCGAAUCAAUCCACACUGAUGGUGGUCUUCUGGGUAUAUUCGACCCUAUCUCCAACGCUGAUUUCUACCCCAACGGUGGCAGAAACCCUCAACCUGGUUGUUCAAUAAGCACCUGCUCCCACGGCCGUGCCAAUCAACUUUUCGCUGCCAGUAUAAGGUUUAACAACUUUAUUGGAAGGCAAUGCUCUAAUCUGAAUCAAGCCCAAAAUAACAACUGCAGUGGUAAUCAGCUUCGUAUGGGUAAUCGUGACUUGGGAAAAAGAGGAAAUGGACUCUUCGGAUUGAGGACUGGAAACAGGUGGCCUUUCUAA